AAAAAAAAAAUCCCAGACUUCUGCCUGUCAAAAAGCCUUCCGGUCCAAUCCCGUCGCAACUCGCCCCAUAUCUUCACCGCAUAGCCGCCGCCGCCGCCGCCCUCUGAUCUCCCCCUUCUCUCGUCGACGCGGCGAGUCUGCUUUGCGCCCAUCCGAGGCGGAGGCCAACAGAUCAAGGAUACACUACAGCAUACUUUGAAGAGUUGUCCUGUGCCAAAUCAAGAAAGAAGGCACCUUUUGCCUGGAAUCAUGGCACCAUCAGCAUCCACUGGUCAGAAAGUCAACCUGAAGGGGUACAAGACCCUACCCCAUGCUAUUCAGCUGGUAACGAUGAUGUCGGGGACGUCUUCAGCUUCAACAUUGACGAUUGGGGACCAGAACAAGAAGUUCAAGGUGAGCCGUGCUUUGACGUGGAUGGUGGUUAUCUGCAUACCGGCUACUUUCAUUGCCAUCACAUCAGGUUCGGCCUACAGGAUGUAUAACAAACCCAUCUGGGCUGCCGGCUUCCCAUCGAGGCUGCCAGUUGUCUUGAUGUUGGGAGCUUACCUGGCAGUGGUGAACCUGGCGCUGGGGUACUUGACCCUCUACUUGCCACAGGCACCCUUCGCUGUGUGGAAAGCUCUGGAUGAUGUUGGUCUCAGGUUGAUUGGCCUUGCCGUUAUCUUAAUCUCUGGCCCUGUUUUGUUGUCUGCCCAGGCGUGGCUGCACAUCAUCUGGGCUUGCCUUCUUGGCGUCCUCAUUGCUGCCAUCCUUGCCUUCUGUGUCUGUCUUGCUCGGACGUACAGCAAGUAGCCUCUUGCUACCAUGGCUUAGAUGCCGCCUUUUAGGCCCGUACGUGCAGUACGGGCCUGUCCUCGUAAACUAGCUAGCGGCUUAGAUGCCGCCUUAGACCCGUACGGGCAGUAGCGGCUUAGAUGCCUUCUUAGACCCGUAUAUGGGGCAGUACGGGUCUGUCUUUGUGAACUAUACUAGCUGUCGUUUGCUAGUAGGAUAAUAAUGUCGUCUCUUCAAGGUGAAGUCACUCUGUAAACAGUCUGCUGCUCGUGUGUUAUUAAUUAUUAUUAUUAUUGUCUUUUU